ACCAAUGAGAUUAUAGGUUUAUUCCGAGGGCUUGGUUCCGGAGUGGCCUGUUAUUAUUCUGAGUAGCAGGUGAAAUAACGGUGAGUAAUUCUGAUUCCGAUAAAAAAAAAAAACAACAACUGUCUGUUUCAUGGCUAAUAUUAACUGCAUAGACCACAAUGCAUUUGUCGACCAUAGCUCGUCGCUUUGUACAAGUCGCCGUCUCGUUUAGAUGAAAAAGUGGUCACAUCAAACCUCGGCGUGCGCUCUCUUUACCUGCCUAACAUUCAGAGGCACUUGAACACACCACUAUGAUAAUAAUCAGUCAGUGCACUGACAUGGCCUACAUAUGGGAGACGGCCGGUGUACCUUGUGUCGGCUUUAGGGCCUGUUGUUUACGUGUAAACAAACGGGAGUAAGAGGAUUUCGCAUGGUGGUGUCUUCCCGUCAGAAGCCCCCCCUCGUCACUUCCAGAUACAAGCCAGAUUAUCUGUGUCGCCCACCAUGUAAAGUCUGCACACCAUGUAAAGUCUGCAGCAGCUCGCCCCCCAGCCAGGCUGUGCACCGGCUCAUUUACACCUCAACCAGGGCAAGGACGCGAUAUCGGAGAGGACCAGGGUGCUCCGAGUUGUCUUAUUAACUUAACAGUACAGUACAGACACAGAGAAACAUUAACCGCUGUCCAUCUGUCGCGAUUUGUCUUCAUUUGUUGAGUGUCACCAAAAGAAGCACAAGGUGGUGCUGUAUCUCGUUUUAUGCAUUUUGUUUCUCCAUAGCUCCCCCCUCCCCCCCAGUUGGACAAAAUGAAUAUGUAUGCUGUGCCCAGUCCGGGAAUACCAGGCUGUCCACCAGGGUUAGAAUACCUGACUCAGGUGGAUCAGCUCCUCAUCAAACAGAAAGUUGAGCUCGUCGAAGCCCUCGUUGGUUUCGAAAGCAACAACAAGUAUGAAGUCCGUAACGCAAUGGGCCAGAACGUGUUCUACGCUGUCGAGGAGAACGACUGUCUGAGUCGACAGUGUUGCGGCCCCAUGCGCUCCUUCACCAUCCACGUCCUCGACAAUUUUGGACAAGAGGUCAUCACCGUCACCAGGCCACUUAAGUGCAUGUCUUGCUUCUUCCCUUGUUGUCUACAAGAGCUGGAGGUGCAGGCUCCCCCCGGUAACACAGUGGGGUACAUUGUACAACAGUGGCACCCGUUCUCCCCUAAAUUCAUCGUUGCGAACGAACACAGCGAGCCUGUACUGAAGAUCCAUGGGCCCUUCUGUGGAUGGAGCUGCCUUCCAGAUGUUGACUUUGAGAUUUUGACAAUGGAUGAAGUCAGUAAGAUCGGGAAAAUCAGCAAGCAGUGGACAGGACUUCUUCGGGAAGCGUUCACAGAUUCAGACAACUUUGGCAUCCAGUUCCCCAUGGAUCUGGAUGUGAAAAUGAAGGCUGUAAUGAUCGGUGCAUGUUUUCUCAUUGAUUUCAUGUUCUUUGAGACUACCAACUAGGAGCCAAACAGGAUAUCCUUGUAAGCAUACAACAUUCCUGGAAGAACAAGGCCACAAAGCCAUAAUGAUCAGUCCCAAAUGCCCUAACAGAGAACAACCUUCAAACAGAUAGUUCUUUUUUAAAGUAACAAAAGGUACCUUAAUGUUUUAACUUUGCAUGAACAAUGAAAUAGAAAGUUUGUUUUUGUCUUAGCUGCUCAGGUUGGUUGUUAAAACACGUUGCCAGGCUGUGAGUGCACAGUGCAGUGUUUUAAGACAAUGUUAUUAAGGAGGUUUUCAUUUGUGUUUACAUUAUGGUCGCUGAGCCCAUCUGGGCCCAGAACCUUAGUUGCUACAAAAAAACAAAAAUCAAAAACAAAAAAAAACUUGAAUAGAAGGAUAAUAUCCAUAUACAAGUAAAUGAAAAGGGAAUAUCAUUACAGGCAAGUGCUGUUAUACAGUUUGUAAAAGAAAUGAUGGUCAGUAUGCAAAAGGGGGUCAGCCACAUGGCACUUGUAAUGUGGUCAUAUUAAUAGUCAAGAUGUUAAUUUAUAUAGAAAAGUAUGCUUGUAGCUAUAUUCUGUGAGAACUGAAGGACUCAUGUAAUGUAGUAGUUUGUAGUACAGAUAUUCAAUGCUCUUAUUCAUUGAGUUAUAUUUUGGUCUGUUGAACAAUUUGUCAAGAUAGAGCAAUGUGUGUGUGUGCACCGCUUUGUGUGCGUCUGUGUGCUGUGAGUGUCCUUGUAAUAAUAAUACGAAUAAGAAUAUUUUCGAUGCCAUAAUGAUUAUGCAUUGUCAAGCCUGAAGAGGUUGUCUACUUGGGAACAGAUGGGUUAUGGCUGGAUGUAGUGUCCCAGUCUUGUCCACAAGAGGGAGCUAGCUUUUCAUUUAACAAAAAAACAAAAAAAACCCCACACACUGCCCAAAUGGACAAACUCAAUACCUGCUUAUGCCAUAGGUUUUUAUUCAAAUAUUAGUGUCUAAAGACAUUGUAUAUUUUUGGACAAACUCAGGUUGAAAUGCAUGCUACUGUAUGAUAGUGUUAGAUACUUUGGCUCCGGGAAUUACACACCUGCACCUGAUACUAUCAAUACAAAGAUAAUGAUUUUGGUUUUGUACAUUCAAUCAUCUAAAUAUCAGUAUUUCAUGUACAUUUCCUGGUGUAUGAACUUGAAUUGUGAUCUUUCUCACUGUUACAUUACACAUGGUGUGACAGCUCUACGUGUGUCAAAAAUGCAAAAUAAAUCCCUGAUUUCCAUCAAAUGACCAUUGAUACUGCUGCGCACCAUGUUUAACUGUAAAAUUCAAAUAUGAGUAUGGCCAUCGGUCUGAUCUGGGAUGGUAUAAAGUAAAGUGUUGUAGCAAGGACAUUAUCUAUGUGCUCUUCUGUAGCAUCAUGAUAAAAAAGUGUUUUUCCUUCACAUGUAUGUCAUCUGUGGUUCUGGAAAACUGGGAAAAAAAACAUCCAUCUUUAGUCGUUUAUUAACUUAUAUAAGUCUUAAAAGUUUAGAGCCGUUUAUUUUUGUAAAAAGUAUUAUUAACUGCUAAGAGAUAAUGUUUCCAGUAGAGUUAAAUGUGAUUGUGUUAACAGUGUUUUAUUCUGCCUUCAAUAUAUUGACUGUUUGUAGAGAUACAACUGGAUUUAUUUCACCUUUUCUGAGCAGCAACUCGAUUUUAAGACUAAAAACAAGUACUUUAGAUGGAUGUUUUUUGCAGUCUAUUCUGUUUUCACGGCUGAGGUUGUUGAGAAACUACUCAUUUAAGUAAAUUCGAAUUUCAUUCUUACCAUUAAGAUUAGCCUGAUCAUUGGCAUGUCUUGUUUGGUUGAAAGCAUUAAUAGUAUAAGAUGCUGGUGCUACAUCCUCUGAAGGCUCUUUGAUUGUGUUUAAAAGCCAAAAAUUUAAGUCAGAAUGUGAUACAAAGGGAUUUUAGCUAUUCCCAGUAAGUUAUAUAUUAAAAACUAUUUAAGUACUUAUUCUUCUACUUUUGCACUAAUACUGUGAACUAAUACAUCAUUUAGUCAUGCAAUGAAUGCAAACAAACUCUGUGAGCUAAGCUUAAAAUUGUGCAAAUAGUCCAUAGAAACACUUCAAUAAAAAAUUAUAUUGUGA